UGUAGUGAUCACACCCAACACAAUUUCCCCAGUUUGAAAUUGACUCGUGCACGCGCAUCUACCAGCCAGUGUGAUCUGCACGCUUGUCCACGCGCUUGUAAGCACCUGACCACUGCAGGAGAGAGAUAGAGUGGAACUACUUUUGGUGUAAAACCAUCCUCUGCUCUUUAAACCUCCCUCUGCUCUUUAAACCUCCUGUUGAUCCACAGCUGUGCUUCCUCUGAGCAGGAUGACAGAUGUAGCGAUGUUUGUGUCGGAGGAUCAAACAGAGGACGGCGGCCUGCGGCGGGACUUCAGGCGGCUGACUCGGCUGUACUGCAUGAAUGGCGGACAUCACCUCCAGAUCCUGCCAGAAGGCACGGUGCAGGGGCAGAGGGAGGACAGGGACGAUCACAGUAAGGGCUGCAGCGCACUGCGCAUUUUACAUCCAGUUGUUUUAAAGCUCACAGCAGUGGACAUUGGUGUAGUGAUCAUCCAAGGGACAGAAGCCGGGCGCUAUUUGGCUAUGAGUGAUGAAGGACGGUUGUACAGUUCACCUGCAGUGAUGGAUGAAUGUUACUUCCUGGAAAAGCUGGAGGAGAAUCACUACAACACAUAUCGAUCGCAGAAAUAUCAGGAGGAGAACUGGUACGUAGCUCUGAAAAAGAACGGGAAACCUAAACUGGGUCCAAGGACUCACAUCGGACAGACGGCCAUCUUCUUUCUGCCCCGACAGCUGAACGAGUGAAGACACACAGACCUCAACUCACAUGGAUGUGAAGUGGCCGCAGGAUGGAUUUAUUUAUGCUGAAACAAUAAUGCCUUAUUUUGUUAUUUUAGCUGAAGGACAAACAUGAGUAAGGUAUUAAGAUAGUUGAUGGAGUGCUUAUUAUUAUUCAGGCAGAGACCAGCUACUGUUUCAUCCGAUUAUUCAUGUUGAACCAAAGAACAAUGCAUCAGAGCUUAAAGACUAGGCAUGGCAUCCAUUGAACACUAACACAACAUCCCAUUUGAUCUGCUAACAGGACAGUUUCAUCAACAGGCCACAACCAAUUCAUCUCAGGAAUGAGGAGAUAUGUUACAGGUAAAAUAAAACAAAUGAAGAAUUAAUUUGCAAAAACAGAUAACUCACUUUUAAAAAUGUUAAAAAAUGUUUCAAAAAACAUAUUUUUUCUAUUACUAGCUUUAGGUAUUAUCAAUCAGUUGAAGUUGGGUGGCUUUUACUAAGUCAAAAUUACAUUACUAAUUAGCUGUAUCUUAAAAAUGUAACUUUAUUAAAAAAAAAUUAUAUUCAAAGGAAAUGUGUUUUUUGAAAAAUUAUAAAAUCGGAGAUAUCUGGGUUUUUUUCAAAUGAACUCUUCAAAUAUGUUAUUAGCCUUUUGGAACAGUAUUGGUAUAUUUGAAGUUACCUCAAACUGGAGAUAUUAAAAAGUGUUUCCUGCCGUCAGUACAUUUCUGUAGAAAAAUGCUUGUUUUAGCUGUACUUGCAUCAUUUUAUUGUAAUUUACAAAGCAUUCAAUGAUGAGUACCACAGUCCUAACUUGAAUAACACAUGUAAUAACACAUGAUGCAUAAUCAUGCUGGCCUGGUUACAAGCUCAGAGUCCUCUGUAGUUUGACUCUAUAAUCUGUGCUUUGCUGUGAAGUGCUGCCACGAGUAGCUUAAGCCUCUCUGAGUGAAAAUCUGUGUUAUUCCACAUUUCCAACUGUUACACUGAGCUGCCACACGGUGCCACCAAUGUGUAAAACCUGCACCGAGCAUUCAUUUACAUACUUUAGGGCUGUCAAUCUUUCUAAUUUCAUGCCCCCUUCUCCCAGUGCCUUUGCUCCCUGACAGCAGUGAAGAAUAUUUGAAUACCACUUGUCUGGGGUGCACAGCAGUCAAUAAUCCAGAGAACUCAGACAUGAGGCAUUAAAAGUGACAUUUAUUUAACACUAAA